CUUGCCUUUUUAUUACUUCCUUAAGAAGAAGCUCCUCUUCUGUGCGCACCCACAGAUGUCCACGAGCUUGAGCGUAUCGAUGGCGUCUUCUACAAUCCCUUGUUGUUCACCCCCCACUUCUUAUUCAUCGCCGUGGUUCCGACGAACCACGGUUAAGACCCACUGUUCACUGCUCGCUAGAAACAGUAUCAAAGCUCCGUUGCCUCCGCUAAACCCUAAAGAUCCAUUUCUUUCCAAACUCGCAUCACUGGCCGCUAAUUCACCGGAAAAUCUCCUUAAUCGACCGGUUAACUCCGACACGCCGCCGUACUUGGACCUUUUUGACUCUCCAACGCUCAUGGCUACUCCCGCUACCGUGGAAAGAUCUGUCUCUUACAAUGAACACAGGCCAAGAAGGCCACCUCCAGACCUUCCAUCAUUGCUUCUCCAUGGAAGAAUAGUGUACCUUGGCAUGCCAUUGGUGCCAGCUGUCACUGAGCUGAUCAUUGCAGAGUUAAUGUAUCUUCAAUGGAUGGAUCCCAAAGAGCCUAUAUAUCUUUAUAUAAAUUCUACAGGAACUACUCGUGAUGAUGGUGAAUCAGUUGGAAUGGAGACAGAAGGUUUUGCAAUUUAUGAUGCUAUGAUGCAAUUGAAAAAUGAGAUACAUACAGUUGGAGUAGGGGCUGCUAUUGGUCACGCAUGUCUAUUGCUUGCUGCAGGGAGUAAAGGGAAAAGAUUUAUGAUGCCACAUGCAAAAGCUAUGAUACAACAGCCUCGUAUUCCAUCAUCUGGAUUGAUGACAGGAAGUGAUGUUUUGAUACGUGCAAAGGAGGUCAUCAUUAACAAGGAUACACUUGUUGGUCUCUUGUCAAAGCACACCGAAAAUUCAGUGGAGACUGUAACACAAGUGAUGAGAAGGCCUUUUUAUAUGGAUUCCACCAAAGCUAAAGAGUUUGGUGUAAUUGAUAAGAUACUGUGGCGUGGUCAGGAAAAGAUCAUGGCAGAUGCAGCCCCACCAGAGGCGUGGGAUAAGAAUGCUGGGAUUAAGUCUCUUGAUGCAAUGUAGAUUAUUCUCUUAUCCUCUACUCUACUCUAGAUUUUGGGUGUAGGAUUGGAUUGGAUUGAACAGACAGACGACAGGGAUGGAAUGAAUAUUGAAGUUCCCUGUUGUAAGAAAUAUGAUUAACCUGUUGUUUUCGAAUCAACCCAACCCAAAGAUUACACUAAAUUGUGCCGGAUAGUGUUCUACAACAUAACUUAGAUAUAUGGCAUUAUUACCGAAUCCUCAGAGUAGGAGGCUUAUUUCAGUAUUUCACUGUUGAAAACUUGUAUACUGAAUCAUGCUUAUUUUUAACAAAGAAAAAAAACUCAUAGACCAUA